AAGCAGAGCGGUCUGAAAGGAAUACAUUUGCUGAAAGGCUCUCAGCUGUGGAAGCUAUUGCGAAUGCAAUCUCCGUUGUGUCAAGUAAUGGUCCAGGAAAUCGGGCAGGAUCAUCAAGCAGCAGAAGUUUGAGAUUAAGGGAAAUGAUGAGAAGAUCCUUGAGAGCUGCUGGAUUGGGCAGACAUGAAGCUGGUGCUUCAUCAAGUGAUCACCAGGACCCGGUUUCUCCACCAAUAGCUCCUCCCAGCUGGGUUCCAGAUCCUCCUUCAAUGGAUCCGGAUGGUGACAUUGAUUUUAUCCUGGCCCCCGCUGUGGGAUCUCUUACCACAGCAGCGACUGGCACCGGCCAAGGACCUAGCACCUCCACCAUACCAGGUCCUUCUACUGAACCAUCUGUAGUGGAAUCAAAGGAUCGGAAGGCAAAUGCUCAUUUCAUACUGAAAUUACUGUGCGAUAGUGUUGUUUUACAACCUUAUCUUCGAGAAUUGCUGUCAGCUAAGGAUGCAAGAGGCAUGACACCAUUUAUGUCAGCAGUUAGUGGCCGGGCAUAUCCUGCUGCAAUUACAAUUCUAGAAACUGCACAGAAAAUUGCUAAAGCUGAAGCAACUUCCAGUGAAAAAGAAGAUGAUGUGUUUAUGGGAAUGGUUUGUCCUUCUGGUACAAAUCCAGAUGACUCUCCUUUGUAUGUUUUGUGUUGUAAUGAUACAUGCAGUUUUACGUGGACUGGUGCAGAACAUAUUAACCAAGAUAUAUUUGAAUGCCGAACAUGUGGCCUAUUGGAAUCUCUUUGUUGUUGCACAGAAUGCGCAAGGGUCUGUCACAAGGGACAUGACUGCAAGCUCAAACGAACAUCUCCAACAGCCUACUGUGAUUGCUGGGAAAAGUGCAAGUGUAAAACACUAAUUGCUGGACAAAAGUCUGCUCGCCUUGAUCUCCUUUACCGCUUGCUUACCACCACGAAUCUUGUUACCAUGCCAAACAGCAGGGGAGAACAUCUGCUGCUGUUUUUAGUACAGACAGUUGCCAGACAAACUGUGGAACACUGCCAGUACAGACCACCUAGAAUUAGGGAAGAUCGUAAUCGUAAAACUGCAAAUCCUGAAGAUUCUGAUAUGCCUGAUCAUGAUUUAGAACCUCCUCGUUUUGCCCAGCUUGCUUUGGAACGUGUUUUGCAGGACUGGAAUGCACUGAAGUCCAUGAUCAUGUUUGGCUCCCAGGAAAACAAAGACCCUCUUAGUGCAAGCAGUAGGAUAGGUCAUCUUCUACCUGAAGAACAGGUUUACCUUAAUCAGCAAAGUGGAACUAUUCGCCUGGACUGUUUUACGCACUGCCUUAUUGUCAAGUGUACAGCAGACAUUUUGCUCUUAGAUACUUUGCUGGGUACUCUGGUAAAGGAAUUACAAAACAAGUAUACACCAGGACGCAGAGAAGAAGCGAUUGCUGUCACAAUGAGAUUCCUGCGUUCUGUGGCAAGAGUGUUUGUCAUUCUUAGUGUGGAAAUGGCUUCCUCCAAAAAGAAAAACAAUUUUAUUCCACAGCCAAUUGGUAAAUGUAAACGUGUAUUCCAGGCAUUAUUGCCCUAUGCUGUUGAAGAGUUGUGCAAUGUAGCAGAAUCUCUAAUUAUUCCAGUCAGGAUGGGAAUUGCACGUCCUACAGCACCCUUUACUCUUGCUAGCACUAGUAUAGAUGCCAUGCAGGGAAGUGAAGAACUGUUUUCUGUGGAGCCUCUGCCACCCAGACCAUCAUCUGACCAGUCUAGCAGUUCUAGUCAAUCUCAGUCAUCCUACAUCAUAAGGAAUCCUCAGCAAAGACGAAUCAGCCAGUCACAACCAGUUCGUGGCAGAGAUGAAGAACAAGAUGAUAUUGUUUCAGCAGAUGUGGAAGAGGUUGAGGUGGUUGAGGGGGUAGCUGGUGAAGAAGACCAUCAUGAUGAACAGGAAGAACAUGGUGAAGAAAAUGCUGAAGCAGAAGGACAGCAUGACGAGCAUGAUGAAGAUGGCAGUGAUAUGGAGUUGGAUUUGCUAGCUGCAGCUGAAACAGAAAGUGACAGUGAGAGUAACCACAGUAAUCAGGACAAUGCUAGUGGGCGCAGAAGUGUUGUCACUGCAGCUACUGCUGGGUCAGAAGCAGGCGCUAGCAGUGUUCCAGCAUUUUUUUCUGAAGAUGACUCUCAAUCAAAUGAUUCCAGUGACUCUGAUAGCAGCAGCAGUCAAAGUGAUGACAUAGAGCAGGAGACUUUCAUGCUUGAUGAGCCUCUGGAACGAACCACAAAUAGCUCACAUGCCAAUGGUGCUGCCCAAGCUCCCCGUUCCAUGCAAUGGGCUGUACGUAAUACCCAAAACCAAAGGACUACUAGCACUGCUCCUUCUAGUACGUCAGCCCCAGCAGCACUUGAAGCCAGCAAUGCAAGCAGCUAUUUAACAUCUGCAAGCAGUUUAGCAAGAGCAUACAGUAUUGUUAUUCGGCAGAUAUCUGAUCUGAUGGGUCUGAUUCCCAAGUACAAUCAUUUAGUGUACUCCCAGAUCCCAGCUGCAGUGAAGCUGACUUAUCAAGACGCAGUUAACUUGCAGAAUUACGUAGAAGAAAAGCUUAUUCCUACUUGGAAUUGGAUGGUUAGUAUCAUGGACUCUACUGAAGCUCAGCUGCGUUAUGGUUCUGCGUUAGCAUCUGCUGGUGAUCCUGGGCAUCCAAAUCAUCCUCUGCAUGCUUCUCAGAACUCAGCCAGAAGGGAAAGGAUGACAGCCCGUGAGGAAGCUAGCUUAAGAACACUCGAGGGAAGAAGACGUGCUACAUUACUCAGCGCCCGUCAGGGAAUGAUGUCAGCACGUGGUGAUUUCCUGAACUACGCACUGUCUUUGAUGCGUUCUCACAAUGAUGAGCACUCAGAUGUUCUUCCUGUUCUAGAUGUCUGUUCACUAAAGCAUGUAGCAUAUGUUUUUCAAGCCCUUAUUUAUUGGAUUAAAGCAAUGAAUCAACAGACAACAUUGGAUACUCCUCAGCUGGAACGGAAGAGAACUCGGGAACUUUUGGAACUGGGUCUUGACAAUGAAGAUUCAGAACAUGAAAAUGAUGAUGACACCAAUCAAAGUGCUACACUCAAUGACAAAGAUGAUGACUCCCUCCCAGCAGAGACUGGCCAAAACCAUCCAUUUUUCAGACGAUCAGAUUCUAUGACGUUCCUUGGCUGCAUUCCACCCAAUCCUUUUGAGGUUCCUCUGGCAGAGGCCAUCCCCCUGGCAGACCAGCCCCAUCUAUUACAGCCAAAUGCUCGCAAAGAAGAUCUGUUUGGGCGCCCAAGUCAGGGUCUGUAUUCAUCUUCUGCCAACAGCGGGAAAUGCUUAAUGGAAGUUACAGUGGAUAGAAACUGCCUUGAGGUUCUUCCAACAAAAAUGUCUUAUGCAGCCAACUUAAAAAAUGUUAUGAGCAUGCAAAAUCGGCAAAAGAAGGAAGGGGAGGAACAAAACGUGCCUACGGAAGAAUCUGAGAGUUCAAAGCCAGGGCCUUCAGCUCAUGAUCUUGCAGCACAACUGAAAAGCAGCUUGUUGGCAGAGAUAGGAUUGACAGAAAGUGAAGGGCCACCUCUCACGUCUUUCAGGCCACAGUGUAGCUUCAUGGGGAUGGUUAUAUCUCAUGACAUGUUGCUGGGACGUUGGCGCCUUUCUUUAGAGUUGUUCGGUAGAGUAUUCAUGGAAGAUGUUGGAGCAGAGCCUGGAUCGAUCUUGACUGAAUUAGGUGGCUUUGAAGUAAAGGAAUCAAAAUUCCGCAGGGAGAUGGAAAAACUUAGAAACCAGCAAUCCAGGGAUUUAACGUUGGAGGUUGAUCGAGACAGAGAUCUUCUAAUUCAGCAGACCAUGAGGCAGCUCAACAAUCAUUUUGGUCGCAGGUGUGCUACCACUCCGAUGGCUGUACACAGAGUAAAAGUUACUUUUAAGGAUGAGCCAGGAGAAGGCAGCGGUGUAGCACGAAGCUUUUAUACUGCUAUUGCACAAGCUUUUCUGUCAAAUGAGAAACUGCCAAAUCUAGAUUGUAUUCAGAAUGCCAACAAGGGUACCCAUACAAGUCUGAUGCAGAGAUUGCGAAAUAGGGGAGAGAGAGAUCGGGAAAGGGAGCGAGAGAGAGAAAUGCGGAGAAGUAGUGGCUUACGAGCUGGUUCUCGGAGAGAUAGGGAUAGGGACUUUAGAAGACAACUUUCCAUUGACACACGGCCUUUUAGACCGGCAUCAGAAGGAAACCCUAGUGAUGACCCUGACCCUCUUCCAGCACACAGACAAGCCCUUGGAGAAAGGCUCUACCCUCGAGUGCAAGCAAUGCAACCAGCAUUUGCAAGUAAAAUCACAGGAAUGUUGCUGGAAUUGUCCCCUGCUCAGCUGCUUCUGUUACUAGCUAGUGAAGAUUCCCUUAGAGCAAGAGUUGAUGAAGCAAUGGAACUCAUUAUUGCACAUGGCCGGGAGAAUGGUGCUGACAGUAUAUUGGAUCUUGGAUUGCUAGACUCUUCAGAUAAAGUGCAGGAAAAUAGAAAGCGACAUGGUUCCAGCCGCAGUGUAGUAGAUAUGGAAUUAGAUGAUACAGAUGAUGGGGAUGAUAAUGCACCACUUUUCUACCAACCUGGAAAACGAGGCUUUUAUACACCAAGACCUGGUAAAAACACAGAAGCGAGGCUGAAUUGUUUCAGAAACAUUGGCAGAAUCCUAGGAUUGUGCUUGUUGCAGAAUGAACUAUGUCCCAUCACGUUAAAUAGACAUGUAAUCAAAGUUCUUCUUGGCAGAAAGGUGAACUGGCAUGACUUUGCUUUUUUCGAUCCAGUUAUGUAUGAAAGUCUUCGGCAACUUAUCCUCGCUUCCCAGAGCACAGAUGCUGAUGCAGUGUUUGCAGCAAUGGACUUAGCCUUUGCAAUAGACCUCUGUAAGGAGGAGGGUGGAGGGCAGGUUGAACUUAUUUCCAAUGGUGUAAAUAUACCAGUCACUCCUCAGAAUGUAUAUGAGUAUGUCCGGAAAUAUGCAGAACACCGAAUGCUGGUAGUAGCGGAACAGCCUCUACAUGCAAUGAGGAAAGGUCUCCUGGAUGUACUUCCAAAGAAUUCAUUAGAAGAUUUGACAGCAGAAGAUUUCAGACUUUUGGUAAAUGGCUGUGGUGAAGUAAAUGUGCAAAUGCUCAUCAGCUUUACCUCUUUCAAUGAUGAGUCAGGAGAAAAUGCUGAGAAGCUUUUGCAAUUCAAGCGUUGGUUUUGGUCCAUAGUUGAGAAGAUGAGUAUGACAGAAAGACAAGAUCUAGUUUACUUUUGGACCUCAAGUCCAUCAUUGCCUGCCAGUGAGGAGGGAUUCCAGCCUAUGCCAUCAAUCACAAUAAGACCACCAGAUGACCAACAUCUUCCUACAGCAAACACUUGCAUUUCUCGCCUUUAUGUCCCACUCUAUUCCUCUAAGCAGAUUUUGAAACAGAAAUUGUUACUCGCCAUUAAGACCAAGAAUUUUGGUUUUGUGUAGAGUAUAAAAAGUGUGUAUUGCUGUGUAAUAUUACUAGCUAAGUUUUGUAGAUUUUUCCAUUUGUCUAUAAAAGUUUAUGAAAGUUAACGCUGUCAUACCCCUGGUGGUACUUUAAAGAUUUAAAUGCAAACAUUCCUCUACUAAAUUUGUAACGUAAAGGCCUAAGGAGCACUGGCAAUAUCUGAUUGCAAGAGUUUGCUAGUCAAUAACUCCUUUGCCUAACCCCAGCCAAAGAUGACAGCAGAACAAUAUAAUUUACACUGUGAUUUAUCUUUUUGCUGAGGGAAAAUAUGUAAAAUGUUCUGAAAAUUCACUGCUGCCUUUGUGGAAAGUGUUUCAGCAAAGGUUCUUGUAUAGAGGGAGUAGGGAAUUUCUAAAUAAAAAAUUAAGUAUGUUCUGUGUUUUAUUUUAACUUUUUUUAUGGUGUUUUAAUUUGUGGUUGGCUGCAGUUGUGUAUCAUGUAUAUUGAACUUGUAAAAAGUUCCUGACAGCUCAGAUCCCAAAGUCGGGAUCAUUCACUUAUGAAACCACUUUCACUGCAAUUUUUGUUCUGAUUGCAUUGAACUCUGGUGCAUCAGAUACCAUCACUAAUAUUUUGCAUGUAAUCUGUACCUUUAGUGGGUUGGGGUUUUUUUUUGUUUUUUUUUUUUGUACAUAUGAUGAGGCCAAUGCACAGUAUUUCAUAGUUCACGAUCAACAUUUUUGUAUCCCUGUUUCAGUGAACAGACAGUCAGGAGAUUGUUCCACUACCAGUUCUAACCCGACACUUGUACUACGUUAUCUAACUAUGUAAACUCAGCCUGGGCACUUUCUGGUAACUGUAAAAUGUUUAUAAGAUCAUGAUUAUUGAAGAUACAUUUUGGAAAACUUUAAUGUUCGUGAGCAGCUUAACUUCUUUUGUAUCUAGCCUUUUUUUAAGUAUCUUGUUACAGUUUUUUAAUAAAGAAAUUACAGACAAAAUACCAA